GCAGAUGGAGAAGCGGCUUCUUUGUUUGCGGAAGGUGUUCAGGCCCUUUUUACACAGUUAGCUGACCCUAAUGAUAGCAAAGGGGGAGGAAGAUUCCUCGCUGUCAGUGAGAGGGGGAUGUAACAUUCCUGAAUAAGAGGAAGAAAAAAAAAUACAGCGUGUGGGGCGAGAAAGAGAGGGCAGGAACUGGGUUGGGAAGAAGGAGAAGUGUUGGGAGAGAGGCUUAGUGAAUGCAAAGUGUCUGAGCAGGUGUGAGAGAGCCUGGAACCUGAGGAGAAGGAAUAAGAGAGCGAAGGAGACAAGUUCCUACAACGGCCCGACACAGUGAAAUAACACACUCGGCCAGCUCAGGCGCUGAGUUAUCUGGGAACGUCUGGUGAAAGUAGAAAAAAAAAUGUGGUAGCUUAGAGGGGAAGGUGCAGAAAAUGGAGGCGGGGAAGAGGGAAAGGCAGGGACAGGUAGAGUGCUGAGGUAAUGGCAGGGUGGGGCAUGGAAGUGGAGACAGGCUAAGCGUGUAGGAGAGAGAAGCCAGUGACAGACAGGGAACAAGGGAGACACUCUUUACAAAGAGACUGUGUGAUAGGGCAUUGCAGGCCUAGGGCAAGACCUUUACCAACACCGACAAGGAAGGGUCAUUUGCCUUAUCUGCAAUAAGCGAAGGAAGGACACCCAACAGCAUAGGAAACAAACUUCAAGAAGACCAACUACACACACAUUGUGGGAAGGAGAGAUUAAGCCAUAUAGUGAUUGAGUGGUGACCCAGGCUGGUGAGGGAGACAGAGAGUGUGUCUACAGACAGUGUGUGGGAGAGAGUGCUUGCACCAUCACAGCUCCACCAUGCAGGACAGUCACUUCCUUAUGUCGGCCUUGCAGCCGAACAUGAACACGACAUCGCUGGCGUUGCCCACCGACUCGCAAUUGGACCGAAGGGUGCGUGAAGAGAGCCAAGAACUUCGCAAUGCCCGGGUACAGGAGCAGGUCCGGGCACGGAUGAUGCAAAAGGGACAGACUUCAUCCCGGGCCAACUCCAGCUUCUCCAGCUAUGGAGACAGCUUUUCCUCUCGAGCUCAGUACAGCACGAUGCCGACCUCUUACAGCUCCCGCUCUCAGAUCCUGGGCUCCGAGCAAAGAAUAUCUACAGCCCGCCCAUCAGGGUUUGCCACUGGAACUGUUAGGUCAGGAGGCUAUUCUUCUCGUUCUGCAGUGGAUGUGGGAGCAAGUCAAAGAAUAAGUGUGCCUCCCCAGCAACGUGGUUACUCGACCUCCCGUCCUUCUUCUUACCACGAACGGGUUUACCCAAGCCGACGGGAGUGCGAUACUAUGUCCCUGAGGUCCCUUCGUAUUGGUGAUGGAGAUGAUCGCUAUGACCAGGGGCAAUCUGCUCAAGCAUCAUUCUAUACACGCCAGAUGUCCACUGCCAGUGCUGGACCAACACUUCAGAGGUCUCUUUCAGGCAACCUUGGCCAGGAUGGUGGUUCAACUUGGGUUGAAAGGGCUGAGGUAGCACAGACUCGGACAAUAAGAGCGCCAGCCAUGCGCACUCUGCAACGUUUCCAGAGCACAAACAGGGCACGCAUGGCAUCCUCUUCCUAUGGCACUUUGAAUGCGGUGUCACCACAGCAGGUGCAGCAACAGUCAGCAGGCGGUGUUGGUGCCACUUACAUCACAAACAUGAUUGAGCACAGUUCACGAGCUCCAUCUGUGAGGAGCCUGGCCGAGUCUGGCCAUCAUAUACAAGAAAUGAGAGGCAUGGAUGUGUUUGAUGGCAACAAGAGUUUGAUGAGCCAGCAUUCCUUUACUAGUGGAUUUGAUGAUAUGGAUAUGCCAUCGGCAGUGAAAUAUUUGAUGGCCAGCGACCCUAAUCUGCAGGUCCUAGGAGCAGCUUAUAUACAGCAUCGGUGCUACAAUGACCCAGAGGCAAAAAAACAGGCUCGUAGCUUGCAGGCAAUCCCCAAACUGGUAAAGAUGUUUAACAAGCCAAACCAAGAUGUACAGAGACAUGCCACAGGUGCUAUGCGCAACCUUAUCUACGACAGUGCAGAGAACAAAAUGGCGCUGGUGGAAGAAAAUGGUGUUUAUGAGCUGCUGCAGGCACUCAAAGAGCCAGACGAUGAACUCAAAAAGAAUGUAACAGGCAUUUUAUGGAACCUGUCCUCAAGUGAUAAUUUGAAAAACAGAUUGGCGCGGGACACGUUGGGUCCACUCACAGAUCGUGUGCUGUCUCCACUAUCUGGAUCUGCAGGCUCUGCCCUCAUCCAACAGAAUGCUUCCGAAGCUGAAAUAUUUUACAAUGCCACCGGUUUCCUUAGGAACCUGAGCUCAGCCAAUGAGGAUACACGCCAAAAAAUGCGAGAGUGUCCUGGGCUUCUGGAUGCUCUGGUUUGCUACACUAACAAUGCUCUGCAGGCUGGGAAAUCUGAAGACAAGAGUGUGGAGAAUGCUGUGUGUGUGAUGAGAAACCUCUCAUACCGUUUGUACGAUGAAAUGCCUCCGUCCUGCCUGCAAAGGCUAGAAGGCACCCAGAGGGGGCGCACCACAGCAGGGGAUGCAAUAGGAUGCUUCACCCCGCAGAGCCGAAAACUCAAAGAGCAGCAGCAGGGCACAGACCUUGCCACCUUUGCAGAAAUCUCCCGCGAUCCGAAAGGCAUGGAGUUGCUGUGGCAUCCACAAACCGUUGGUCUAUAUAACAAGUUGCUGCAACAAUGUGAACUGAACCGGCACACUACAGAGGCAGCUGCCGGAGCACUUCAGAACAUCACUGCGGGAGACCGUAGGUGGGCAGCAGUUUUGAGCCAGGUGGCUCUAGAACAGGAGCGAAUUUUGAAUCCAGUUCUCGAUCGUUUACGGACUGCAGACCACAGCCAACUGCGCUCUCUUACAGGGCUCAUCCGCAACCUGUCUAGACAUGCCAGGAACAAGGAUGAGAUGUCUACCAAGCUGGUGAGCCAUCUGCUAGAGAAGCUUCCAGGUGAUGCUGGAGACAAGAGCCCCCCCACAGAGGUUAUCAUUAAUAUCAUAGCCGUGUUGAACAACUUGACCGUGGCUGGCCCUCUGGCAGCGCGAGAUAUAGUGUACUUCAAUGGACUCAACAAGCUAAUGUACAUCAAGAGAAAGCGGGACAGCCCGGAUAGUGAGAAAGCGUCACGAGCGGCCUCCAGCCUCCUCACCAACAUGUGGCAAUACAGCAAGCUGCACCGUGACUACAAGGCUAAGGGCUACCGGAAGGAGGAUUUCCUCAGCCCAUGAUGUGGGCUCUGCCAGCUGCAGGUGGCGUGACUAAUUAUCUCAUCCUCAUAGAAGACAAGAUAACGGGUUUAGACUAAGACCCCUGCUUCCCUAACCCUUACCAAUCCCCCCCUAUACAAGCAAUGCUAUGGCACACAUGGAACAAAAUCUAACAGAGGUGUUUGUAGGUAGUUGGCUAAACACAUUUUUGUAAAUUAAGAUGCACGUGUUUCUAUUGGGGGUCUAGUAUACAUAUGCAUUAACUUUUUAUUUUUAUUGCAUAUUUUCUGUGUGUACUACAUACACAUGCGCACACACACACACACACUCGUACAUGCUGUACAUAUGUUGUCUGGAAGUGUUUUGAGAUUAAAAGGUUCCAGCUCAUUAGCCCCCUCUGCUGGACAGACGUUAGUUAAGUUAUUUGGUGCCAGUAGCCAAGGCAUCAGAGUCCAGUUUCACUGGAUUUAAUUUUAAAGUGUGUUUGUAGGGGGAGUAAUUGUGUUUCCAUUUUAUAUUGUAAUUUACUAUUCGCCUUUUCCCUUUGAAUAAAGAAGACCCUCCCUGGGCGUUCAGUCUUAAACACCAACAAAUCACUUUGAAUAAUAUGGGAUAAUCCCCUUUUAGUUUUUUGAACCAAAACAUGUUUUUCUUUAGGAAUGAUCUCAUUGGGGAUUUAAUGUGUUCAUUCACCUGACUGCAAAAAAUAAUGUGUGUGAUUCUGGUGUACGGCAGGGGCUCACUUUAAUAAUAAAAAGUUUAAUUCUGUC